GCCGAUCGCCAUCGCAACGACCACACCAUCACGGUGGGAGACCAGGUGCUUCUUGACACCCGCAACCUGGACAUCAGCCACCUCCCAUCUAAACUUCGACCUCGCUUCUGCGGGCCUUUUCUCGUUGAAGCACAGGCCACUCCUGUUACCUUCCGCUUACGCCUGCCAGCUACCUGGAAGAUUCACAACGCCUUUCAUGUCCAGCUUCUGAAGCCCUACCGGGAUCCGAACACAAUCUUCGUCGGACGCCAACCGCCGCCGCCGCCGCCCGUCCUCGUCCACAAUGAACCCGAGUACGAGGUCGAGUCCGUGCUAGCACACCGCCGACGUCGGAAUGGCACCAUGGAGCUUCUCAUCCGUUGGAAGGGUUAUGAUCCUUCUGAGGACAGCUGGGUCCCUGAGUCCGACAUGGGUAACGCCCGUCGCCCUCUGCAUGACUACCUUGUCAAGCAGAGUGUUACUUCUACCACCCAGCUUUGAGGGGGGGAAGUGUGAGAGUACGACCCCGUUACACCACUUGUCCCUUUUCUUAUUUCCAUCCUCGUUCAUUUCUCUUUAUCUCAUCUCAUUUGGUUUCCUAUUCUCCAUUUUCCAUUAACCUUUGGUUUAUCUUGCUAUUAUAAUUAUAUCACCGACCAGGCUUGGGAUGUACUGGUGCGCUAUCUGGCGUAAUCCUGCCGGAAUCCCUUAAAGCCAAUAGCCUCGCGUGGCUAUACGCAGGGUGAUUCUAUCUUGUAGAAGGGUCUAUUCCCUUAGGAUAAGAUAAACCUGGUUACCUGAUGUACUUUGGAAGUAUAAAAGCGCCUUGUACUGAUCGAUAGUGCAACCUUUCCUUGACACAUUCGAUCCUGUGACACCCUCCCCGCCCACCCGCGCUUCCGCCCUAGCCCUAGUCCUAACCCUAGCCCUAGCCCUCGCUCACCGCCGCUGACCGCCCCUAAACCCUAAACCCUGAACUCUAAACCCAAAACCCAACCAUAAAACCUAAACCCUAAACCCUAAAACCUAAACCCUAUACCCUAAACCCUAAACCCCUAAACCAUAAACCCUAAACCUAAACCUUAAACCCUAAACCCUAACCCCGAAACCCUAAACCCUAAACCCCUAAACCCUAAACCCUGAGAUAAACCCGGAACCCUAAACCCUGAACCCUGAGAUUAACCCUAAACCCUAAACCCUAAACUUGGAGCAAGUGUUUUCCAACCUCGGAUCUUCCCACAGGACGUGCGGGUCAGACACCUGCUCCAGAAUUUAGCCUUUGUUUUAUGAACCAAUGGGCGUUUCAAUAGGUCGAAGGCUUUUCUUUCCGUGUCAUCCAAGUGUCGUUUUUGCGAAAUGGGUUUUUUUUUCGAAGCCUCCAAAAACUUUAAUUUCAUGUGUGACCCAGGUAUGCAUUUUUAGCUUGUGGUUUUUAAUGCCCGCAACCCAAAUGGUUCAAAUGCACUUCGUGCUUUUUAGUUAAAGAAAACUAUCAAAACCCCCUAAGUGUGGGGCAAGUACUGAAAUAGAUGAAUAUAUGAAAAAAAACAGAUACUAAGUGUGGCACAAAUUGUGGUCAACCACAAUCCCAGCGCCAACACCCUCACUUCUGUUUGCGAAACUUUCCAUAUUUUCGUCACGCCUAGAGCUGCAGUGUUACGACUCCCUUAGCUCUCGGGCUCGGCAGAGAAGCCACAAAUCCGCGCUGCGUCGGUUUUGCAGAUGCUGACGAUGCUAGGGACAGGCAGAGUCGUAGCAGCAUAUGUGGCUACAUUUUCACCCUUGGUGGAGCUGUAAUAUUGUGGGCGAGCAAGAGGAUAAAAUGUGUCACUCUCUCGUCUACGGAAUCUGAGUACAUCUCUGCCGUGGAGGCCGGCAAAGAAGCUCGCAAGCUGCGCUUUUUGCUAGCAGAGUACGGGCUCCUCGACGAGGAUGAGCCCACGACGCUCUAUGUCGACAAUCAAUCUGUGAUUUCUGUGUCGGAAGGGAUGGGACUCAAGGGGAGCCUUAAGCAUAUGGAGCGGCGGUACAUGCGGCUGCAGUAGAUGGUCACGCAUCGCAAGUUGAAAUCGCGUUCAAUUUAUGCUUCGGCAGAGUGGGUCAAGUGCAAUUGUCUGAGGGAAGCGCAGAAGGAGCCUCUUAUGAGGAAGAGUAGGUGCCAUGACCUCUUUCAUGGUUGGUGCGGUAAUUCAAGCGUGCGAAGAAGUGCAGAUUCUCGUAAUUUCUUGUGUCUUCAUUCUGUGUGUUUUCCUCCCUUAGGAUUUCCUCUAGAUCGGUUCUCUGCUGGCUGGUGAUUUCGCAUGACCAGUGCAAGGGAGUAUUGAGAAUAUCCCCGAUUCUGCGAAGGUUGCAGAAGUCUGCUGAAGCGGCAUAUCAACGAAGUAUGCAAACACGAGCCCUGCAUAAAGGCCCGUCGACGAAGGUCAGAUUUGUCGACAAGGCGAGGCUCUGCGGGAAGUGGCAGAUGAGCAGAUUCGUUGGUGGCUGAAAAACGGUUUCGUCGGAGUGGCAGAACAGGGGCGCUUUUCUGCAUAUGGCUUCUACAUCGACAGGUGCUUUUGUAGUAGGCGAUUCUUUCGGCAGAGUUGACUCUCGGAAAUGCGUUCCAAUAGGACCUCGGGCAGAGUGGCGCAAGGACCAGUUCACGCAAAAUUACGUUCUGCCGAAGUUCAGCAGAAAGGCAAUUCGGCUAUCUCUUCUGUUGUCGAUCCCCUCGGCAGAGACGAAAUUCGGUAGAAGCGCGACAGAGAGUCAUCUCGGACUUCACUUCUGCGAGCGACCCCUUCGACAGAAAAUCGGGGACUUAGUUUUCUGCUGAAGGUGGCGUUCCGAAAUCGCGAGAAAUUCGCUAUUUCGUAAGUUAACCACAUAACCGAUCUGGACCGAAAGCGGCAAAAUCUGCCUGCGACAUUGAAAAAUUGAACACAUAACGCACAUUUUGUAACUAUGGAAAUGUGCGUAACAUCUGACAGUUUCACACCUGAAACAAUUAGAAUAACUACUUCUGGGUGGGUAAAAAUUACCAACUAAGCAUGUAAUUUUCACGUGCCAUUGCUGACUUGGCUAAGCGCAGCUAAGAGUAGUUAUGUAAACGUUCUCCGUGUUCAAUGGGGUAGUACUAGUGUUUGCCUUAUGUACCAUAAUUUGUAAACUUGAUUCUAGUGAAUUUGUGUGCCUAAGCUUUUCCAAGCUACUCAACGAAACACACAGUUCAGAAGGCAACUCUCUCCUUAGAGAACCACAGAGCUAAAGAGCUCUAUUUGCGUCAGGCAUUUCCGCUGAAGCUCCCGUUAUAGCAGAAAACUCAGCAACCCCGCAGUGUCACUCGACAUUAUUUGCUACUAGAAAUGGAUGUUUGUGAUAGUUACCAAAUUUCUUUGGAUAAAUUUCGAAGCGAGCGUCAGACACAAGGCAGACCCGCGGCUGAAGGAGCCACUGGUUGUCAAAACGUUAUUGCGAUUUUACUAUGCUUGACGGCAAAACCGUAUCUAUCUGUCGCAAAACAAAAGGAUUUGCGACCAUACUGCAAGCCCGGGGCAUGUUGCGCUUGUGUUUUGCUGGUUGUACCGGUACAUCGGCGGACGAUUACUCGUGCAUCGUUUGCGAAUGUUUGGCUUUUCUGCUGUUGGGCUGAGAAAAGCCCUUAGGAUCUUUCCAGAGACUAAGUCCAAGUUGAAGAAUGAGACUUGAGAAGUGCAGCGGAAGUUGAGUAGUUGAAUCCUUGUAUUAGUAUAUGAGAACAAGUGAUUGAUUAAAGAAACAAGCAUACAGCAAUAUAUAGAAGAUAGGAAAGUAAAGCAGUUGUAGAAUACAGUUGCAGAAGCGGUUAUCGAGUCGCACAGCGACUCGAUUGUCGCUUCGGUUACCAUCCGCGCUGUUGUAACGGUCAGUCGCAACCUCCAGUUGCGACUCUUCAACUCCCUUCGCGUUCUUUGCCCAUCCCCUCGUGUAACCUCCGUUGACUCGCGUACCCGUUGCGAUCUUCCUCGAGUGUAGUGUUACAUUUCAAAAACGCUUAAGUCCUUUGAGAUAUUUC